UCAAAUGUCCUUUAAUAAUUGAUUAAGAAUUGCACAGAAACGCGCGUUGUUAUACAGACAUGGAGUUUCACAGUAGAAUUUUACUAAUUUUCUUAUUUUUUUUUUGCGUCGAUAGCGCUCCGCUGAACAUCAACCAGCUUGAUCAAUUAUUAAAGGACAUUGAGUCGUUGGCGGCAAAAGAUGCCCAACGGUUGACAAGUGGCGAUGCCCAACGCUUGGCGAGUGGCGAUGCCCAACGCUUGGCGAGUGGAGAUGCUCAACGCUUGGCGAGUGGAGAUGCUCAACGCUUGGCGAGUGGAGAUGCUCAACGCUUGGCUAGUGGAGAUGCUCAACGCUUGGCUAGUGGAGAUGCUCAACGCUUGGCGAGUGGAGAUGCUCAACGCUUGGCGAGUGGAGAUGCUCAACGCUUGGCGAGUGGAGAUGCUCAACGCUUGGCGAGUGGAGAUGCUCAACGCUUGGCGAGUGGCGAUGCUCAACGCUUGGCGAGUGGCGAUGCUCAACGCUUGGCGAGUGGCGAUGCUCAACGCUUGGCGAGUGGCGAUGCUCAACGCUUGGCGAGUGGCGAUGCUCAACGCUUGGCGAGUGGAGAUGCUCAACGCUUGGCGAGUGGAGAUGCUCAACGCUUGGCGAGUGGCGAUGCUCAACGCUUGGCGAGUGGAGAUGCUCAACGCUUGGCGAGUGGAGAUGCUCAACGCUUGGCGAGUGGCGAUGCUCAGCAUCAUAAAACUUCUAGUGAGUGUCACCGAAUCCAAAUUCUAUAUAAAGGAAAACAACUUUACACAUCCUGUAUCCAUUUUUAAUAUCACUAAAUAAAUUAUUGCACGUUAAGUAUGAACAUAAGUUAAUAGAAGUUAUAAACGCGA